CGUGCUGGACAGUGAGAUUUAUUUUUUCCUUUCAACGGAAAUGCAGAGCUCACCGAACGUGUGCUUCCGCGAUAAAUUGUGUAGUAAAUGAAACGAUUCUCAGUGGGAUGCGUGUAUACGCGGCGGACAUUGCGAAGAUUUACGUCAAGUAGUUGGCCUACAAAACGUUUCUGAUAAUCAUGAAUUUACAAACACUCUUUCAAGACUUCAAUCCAAGCAAAUUUCUAGUGCACUCUUGUUUGAUGAUAUUUACAUCCUUGUUUGCUCUUCGGCUGGAUGGUUUUAUAGAGUGGAGUUAUUGGUCUGUGUUUACCCCAAUAUGGUUUUGGAAGAGCAUGGUAAUUUUGGGUGCUACUAUUGGGAGUUAUGUGUGGUGGAGACAUCCGCACGCGAGGCUAGAAGGAGAUGCCUAUGUACAUUACAAGGCAAUGUUAAUUACUUUGGCAUUACAUUUGAUCCUGUUAAUGUUUGAAUUGUUAGUAUGUGAUAAAUUAGAAUCCGAAAGACACCUUUGGAUACUUGUAUUUAUACCACUUAUCUUCAUCUCUAUAGUGUCGAUAGCUGUAUGUAUUUGGGCUGCAAAACACGAUCGUUCAUUUGAACUUGAAUUGUUUUGCGCAGUUAAUGUAUUACAAUUCAUUUUCUUGGCGUUAAGAUUAGAUGGUUUUAUAACGUGGAGUUGGGAAGUAGUAUUUGUGCCUCUUUGGGCACUACUAUGCUUAUCUCUAGUUGCUGUCCUAUAUGCCAUAGUAUUUGCCGCUGUUUUAUUAAGAACUCCACAAAUCAAUGCCAGACAAAGGAGAACAUCUCUAAAUUCAGCAUUGGCAUACACAUUUCUUGUGGUUCCAAUUUUAGUGUUCCAAGUGUUGCUAGCUAACAAAUUGGAUGGAGAUAUUUCACUAAAUUAUACUACGGUAGCAAUGCCGCUUUUAAUAUCUCAUAUAACACUUAUUUUUAUGUCUUUUGAUGCAAAAGGUGGAAACAGAUGGUGGUUUGGUAUUAGGAAGGAUUUUUGCCACUUUCUGUUAGGAUUAUGUCCACUACUUCAAGAAUAUGGUAAUAUUUCAUACCAACCGAGGAGCGAUCAGGAUCAACCACCAUCUGAACCAAUGGUUUCGGAAAAAAAUGAAAAACACGUUAAAAAAAUUGACCUAACAAAGCCUGUUGUACCCAUAAUUUCUAUCGAUAUGCCUGAUUGACUGUUUUAUUUAGGAUCAAUUCGGAUAUUUGAAAUAUUUUGAUUGAUAUGACUGGGUAGUACCAAGAGCCAUAUUUUAAUAAGUAACAAACAGGUGCGUAUAUAAUAGCAAAAUCUAUUAUAAAAAGAAAACUAUUAUUUUCAGUACGAAAUGUCGUAAUGGAAAUCUUGUUAUUGUUAAACUUAUUGUGCGCCAAGGCAAUCAUAAUAAUUAUAUUAUCCAUUUUGUUCCUGGGGCUUAAAAUUUUUACAAUUUCUCUGUUUAUCAAAGAUGUUGAUACAGAAAGUUGUGAAACUUUUUUAAAAUCAAUUACAUAAACGAAGAGAUAUAAGACAAUUAAAUUUUAAAUGCAUCUAAACGAAUGGCCCCUUGAGCAAAUUUAGCAGUCGAAAUGCUCAAAAAAUAUUAUGUUUCUUAAAGCUGCAUUAAUUUUCUGUGUAUCUAAACACUUCAGUCAGCACUGUACAACUGGAGGCCCACUAGCCAUGCUUGGCUAUUACGUUUAUUCCAUUGCCUUCAUUCGUAACUUUAUAGUUCAUCUUGGAAGCUUUCCCCAUCCCCACUUUCUUCUAAAGUGAUGGUGAGGCAACCCUCGAUCAGUGGUAAUCGAAAUACUUUGUUUGUAUCGAUGCAUAUAAAACGGAAUGGAGCAUAGCAUGGAGAGCGGGCUAGUGAUGGGGAUGUCAGAGAUAUGUACCACAAUUAUACUACGUGGCUACUGAACCUGCCUGAUGUUGUGCAGCCCUGAUUUAAGUUAUGCGUAGAGUAAGUAACCAAACCCGUCCAUUUGUUUGAUUGCUCCUUUUUAAUGAUACAUAUAAGGUAAUUGCUGACCUAUUUUGUUAUGCCUGUUAAUAGUAAACUUGCAUACUGGUAGCAUUAAUAUUACUUUGCCAAAAGUAGUGGUUAUAGAGGAUGGUGAACAUGCCUAAGCUGGUGCUAAAAGUCAAUGAUACUUUAGACAUGUUUUAUAUGUAGCUGUGAACUAUGUUUAAAGUUUGUUUUAAACCUCGGUACAAUGUGAUCUGUAUAGAGCUAAACUUGAUUUAUGUUGACUUAUAUUUUAAAUUGAUUUUCCUGCAACACAUUAUGAAUCUAGUUGAAGCUUGUUAAGGAAAAUCUUGAUUGUAAAUAGUACUCCACGUUUUAGCAUCAAGUAGCUUUCUACAGAUCACACUUGAGAGAUAUAUAAUAUGUAUAGUUAAGUCUCGAUUAAUAUGUGAUUAUCUAAUCUUCAAUUAAUACAAAAAGUUAUAGGCACUAAAUUAUUUGUGCGAAAAAGUUGUAUAUACACAUUGAAGAUAAAAAAAUAUAAGAUACGUUAAUACUGUGAAUAAAUAAUUAUAUAUUGUAUUUGUAUUCGGUCUAAACAUUUGUUUUUAUCUCUUAUAAAAACAAACUCUAGUAUUGAACGAGACUUAACUGUAUUGCUCAUCUAGUACAUUUAAAAGAAUCACUGCAAUUAAUAAGCGAAGAGAUUGUUAACAGAGGGACGAUAAUAAAAUUACAAAUUACAUUAUAUUUUUACGUUCGUGAAAAUGUUUUAUGUGCUUCUGAGCCCUUUUAAAAAUAAUUUUUACUUUAAUAGGAAAAUUUACAUCUGUGUUUGUAACAAGUAUAUUGAUAACACAGAUAAUUAAGAACAAAAGCCAUAUAUUUACAUUAAAAUAAUUUUUCUACGUGUUCCUAAGAUUUUUGCAAUAUUUUUCAUUAAAAUAUUCAUAUUGAUAUUAAUAAAGAGAUAGUCAUUUUGAU